AAUCCCGUCCUGCGAAUGAUGGGCUUGCCCAACUUGCCGAAGAAACUUCCUUCACGUAAUUGGAUGAUAUUUUGGGGGAUCCUGGGAAGCUUUUCGGCGGCCAUCAUCUACGACAAACGAGAAAAGAAACGCGCAACCGCUCGGUGGAGUCACGCCGUAUCGCAUCUUGGCAAAGAGACGCUCAAAGAUCCCCGUCAGCUUCCGCGAAAACUGACCAUCUACCUUGAAAGCCCGCCGGGCGAUGGAUUGAGGGUCGCCCAAGACCACUACUCCGAGUUCAUCAAGCCCAUCUUGGCCGCAAGUGGUCUUGACUGGGAAUUUGUUCAAGGACGACAGCAGGGCGAUGUGAGGGCCGCCGUGGCCGAGAAGAUACGGAGAAACAGGCGGGAAACCGAAGAGCCGGCAGCGUCUGUCAAGGAUCCGCAAGAGCUCACUUCAGAUGAGAUCAUACACAUUAUGAGGAAAAACCAAGGCACGCCCGAGUGGACGGGGACUCGUGGCGAUAUUGUGGUUGGACGACAUGCGUGGAAGGAGUACAUCAGAGGACUACACGAAGGAUGGCUAGGCCCUUUGACUGAACCGCCGCGACCCACGCCGGAAGUCGUGAAGAUGGAAGCCCCUGCAACACCCGAUGGCGAGUCCGCCGAAGGCGAGAAGGAGGAGAUACCCAAACCUGAAGAGAAGCCCUCUCGGCCACCCCAACCAGUACCCUACAACACCACGAACGACUAUCCCACCUCUUCGAUACCGAUGCUGAUACCCGCCGAGUUUUCUCCUUCCACACCAAUCCCGUUCCCACACGUCCUCGGCUUUCUGAACACACCCACCCGACUCUACCGCUUCCUCAACCGGAGAAAGCUCGCCGACCAGAUCGGUCGCGAAGUGGCCGCUGUCUGUCUGGAGGCGUCAAGAGAAUACCGCGAUGGACCAGCCUCGACCGAUUCAGACUCGCAAUCUGAGUUUCAGACUGCGCUCGAACACGAGGAGAAGGACUGGGUCAAGACAGUCUGGAAGGAGGAAGUCCUCGAGGAAGGCGAAGUAGCACCUCUGGUGCCCAAGGAGAAAAUCUGGGCCAAGCCGAUAGUAGUAGACCCGCGGAUUGCAAUGCGCAUGCGUCGUUUCGAGAUUCGACCCGAGGACGAAGCCCGUGCUAGAGAGGUCAAGGUGCCCGAGGAAGAGGUCGAGGGCUGGAUCAAGGCAAGCCUGCGAAGCAUGUGGCGCUGG